AUGACAACGUCCUCAAACCGCGACCACUUCUUCCAGACUUCCGCAUCUCUGGAUGACCAGGAGCGGAAGGAUGCCAAGUCCCAAAACACCAAUGGAAAUCCUAUCCGCCUCCAAGGCAAGAUUUUGGCUGUCCAUCUGGAUCCUCUGAACAAUGGAGCUAUCUAUGUUGCACAAAGCAAUGGCAGCGUGAGAAGAGUCAUCCUUGCCACGGGGGAGACUGCCAAGGUCUUUACAGGUCCUAUGGCUCCUGUGACCAGUCUUUGUGUGAGUCCCGAUGGCAAGCUUUUGUUUGCUGGGUGUUGGGACAAGGCUAUCUGGAGCUGGGACACUGCUACCGGGCAGCAGCGCCAGAAGUACGAAGGUCACAAUGAUUUUGUUCGAGCAGUCACUAGUGCAAGGCUACGCGGAGAAGACCUUCUAAUCUCUGGUGGAGCCGACGCUCAGGUUCUCGUGUUUAACAUCGCAUCUGGACAGCGACUGGAGACGUUCAAAGGGCACGCCCGGGGCAUCCAAGAUCUUGUCAUUGAUCCGGAGUCAGAAAGCUCGCAGCCAAAUGUGUUCAGUGCGGGAAGCGACCGCGAGAUCCGCCAAUUCGAUAUCUUUGGUGGCGGCUGUACCACCGACCCCCUGCUCCCGCAUGACACAAGUGUCUACAAGCUUCUUUUUGAUAAUGAUGGCGAUCUCUGGACUGCUUCGGCAGACAAAACCGCUAAGUGCUUAGUCCGAGAAGAUGCAUGGAAGGCAAACCUGACACUGGAGCACCCUGACUUCGUGAAAGAUGUCGUUAUCUAUGAGACCGGAGGAUGGGUCGUGACAGCCUGCCGCGACGAAGAAGUUCGAGUAUGGAACCGAUCAACUGGCGCAUUGCAUCAUACUUUCUCUGGACAUUUUGAGGAGGUUACCGGCCUUGUCCUCGUUGGUUCAACAAUCGUCAGCGUGGGAAUUGAUGCCACGAUUCGUCAAUGGUCCCUUCGACCUGAUGAACUUCAACAGGCAGUGGAACUGGCCAAGAAACCCGUUGGCGAAGAAGAGGAAAAAGCAGCGCCAGAGGCUGAAUCAAUGCUGACGGCAGAAGAGGAGGCCGAAUUAGCAGAGCUAAUGGGAGAUGAUUAG